GACUUCCUGCUCCGUGGAGGCGAACGUCAUCCGCCGGUGCCGGGUGGGUCGUACCGGUCUGUGCGGCUUCGAGCAGUGGUGUGCAGGGCACCUUUAUGAGGCGCGAGCGGAGAAGGCGGUGUGGAGCGUGGGUCUUACCUCCGCGUCCUUGUACGAGCCUGAUACCCGCCCCUCAUUCUCUAUAACGGGGUGUCACGUGAGCGCCUGCUGUCCCUGCAGCCCUGGGCCUCGAGCGCGCUUCACAGCGGGGAAGCUGAGGCUGGGAGUGAGACCGCCAGCCGAGGUCGCCCCGCUCUGGGGCCCCUCGGCCGCCACCCCCUCCCCGGGCCCCGCUCUGUGCACAGGGUCCCACGAUGGCGGCGGCGUGGAUGGCCCCUGCGCGGAUGCUGGUGACCUUCGACGAUGUGGCUGUGACUUUUACCCAGGAGGAGUGGGGGCAGCUGGACCCUGCCCAGAGGACCCUGUACCAGGAGGUGAUGCUGGAAACCUGCAGGCUCCUGGUCUCUCUGGGCUGUCCUCUACCCAAACCAGAGCAGAUCUACCCACUGGAGCGGAGCCCAGAGUUAUGGACACUGCAGAGAGGCCUCUCCUCUAGCAAUUGCCCAGGUGACAAUAUAAAACCUGAGACCACCGAGCCUUCCCCUUCUCACCUUGCCUCGUCUGAGGAAACCUCACCACGGGAGCAAAUGACUUCACGAGCCCCAGGGUACUCCCAGCUUGGGCAAGGCAAAAGUCAGGAUAGGCCAUCAGAAAUGCUGGAAGGCCAGUUGGAACCAGGAACAGACCCCCUGAUGGAAAAGCUCCCUGGAAACACGAAGCCCGAACAUGAUGGUUUAGGGACAGAUGAUAGUCUACACUCAAGGAUUGUACAGGAGCUGAUCCCUGCGGGACAUGUCCUCCAUGAACGUGACUCACGGGGACCACUGAAAGAUCCCUUGAUUCGUGAAGGGAGACGUCCCUAUAAGUGUGCGGAAUGCGGGAAAGUGUUUACCAAGAACUGCUUUCUUGUUCGACAUGAGCAGGUUCACACUGGAGUGAAGCCCUAUGAAUGCACCGAGUGCGGGAAAACUUUUAGCAAGAGCACACACCUCCUCCAGCACCACAUGAUCCACACGGGGGAGAGGCCCUACGAGUGCAUGGAGUGCGGGAAGGCCUUCAACCGCAGGUCGCACCUCACGAGGCACCAGCGGAUUCACACUGGGGAGAAGCCUUAUAAGUGCAGUGAGUGUGGAAAGGCCUUCACCCACCGCUCCAAUUUAGUCUUGCAUAACAGGAGCCACACUGGAGAGAAACCCUUUGUGUGCAAAGAAUGUGGAAAAGCCUUCCGAGAUAAGACAGGUUUCCUUCGACACUACAUCAUCCACACAGGAGAGAAGCCCUUCGAGUGCCUGGAGUGUGGGAAGGCCUUCAACCGCCGCUCACAUCUCACGUGGCACCAGCAGAUUCACAGUGGAGUGAGACCCUUUGAAUGCAACGAAUGUGGGAAAGCCUUUUGCGACAGCACAGACCUCAUUCAGCACUAUGUCAUCCACACGGGGGAGAAGCCCUACAAGUGCCUGGAGUGUGGGAAGGCCUUCUACCGCCGGUCACACCUCAAGCAGCACCAGCGGAGUCACACCGGCGAGAAGCCCUAUGUGUGCACUGAGUGCGGAAAGGCCUUCACCCACUGCUCCACUUUCAUCUUGCACAAAAGGGCCCACACUGGAGAAAAACCCUACGAGUGCAAAGAAUGUGGGAAAGCCUUUAGCAAUCGGUCAGACCUCAUCCGACACUUCAGCAUCCACACUGAGGAGAAGCCCUACGAGUGCAUGGAGUGCGGGAAGGCCUUCAACCGCCGCUCAUACCUCACGAGGCACCAGCGGAUUCACAGUGGAGAGAAGCCCUAUGAGUGCGUGCAGUGUGGCAAAGCCUUUUGCCAGAGGGCAAACCUCAUUCGACACUCCAUCAUCCACACCGGGGAGAAGCCCUAUGAGUGCAGUGAGUGUGGAAAGGCCUUCACCUACUGCUACACUUUCAUCUUGCACAAAAGGGCCCACAUUGGAGAAAAACCUUUUGAGUGCAAACAAUGUGGGAAAGCCUUUAGCACUAGGAAGGACCUCAUCCGACAUGUCAGCAUUCACGCUGGGGAGAAGCCCUUCGAGUGCUCUGAGUGUGGGAAGGCCUUCAACCGCCGCUCGGGGCUCACGAGGCACCAGCGGAUUCACAGUGGAGAGAAACCCUAUGAAUGUGUCGAGUGUGGGAAAUCCUUCUGCUGGAGCACAAGCCUCAUCCGACACGCCGUCAUCCACACCGGGGAGAGCCCUAUGAAUGCAGCGAGUGUGGAAAGGCCUUCAGUCGUAGCUCCUCCCUCACUCAGCAUCAGAGGAUUCAUACUGGGAGACACCCCGUCAGGGGCAGCGCAGCAGAAGUGGGGAGACCCUUCACGAGCGGGCAGUCCUUGGUCACCCUCUAAGUGCUCCACAGGGGAAAGACUUUUGAAUGUAGCCACUGAGGAAACCUCUUAUUCAGAAUCUGAUCAUUCAUACCAAAGAGAAACCCUUCUGUUGGAGGAUAUCGGUUGUCAUCUGAGGAGUCAUACUGGAAAUUCACCCAGCCUAGAGCCUUAUUCUACAUCUGAGAACUCCUCCAAGAGCAUGAUCCAGUCAUUCUCGUGCACUUAGCAUAACCAUUGGCCCCAUCUUCUCAGUUUACACUGCAAAAUUAUCUCAGGGAUAUUUAAACAAAGGAGGAGGAGAUACAAGAGAAACACAAGCACAGUUUCUUUCAUAUUUCUGUGACAAGCCUAUGGCAGUUUCUUGUUCCUUAUCUUAUUUGGGGGGGGCGGUGUUUCAGAGAUCAGAGAGCCUUGUCCCCUUUGCCUUGUAUAUACCUUCACUGCUGUCCAUUGUCAGGACAGUUGGGACAGUUGAGGGUGUGUUGAAAGCCUUUAUUUUUUUUAUUUUUAUGUUUAUGUUUUUUCACACUCACAGAUGGCUUUAUUCAGCCGUCGCCCAUAGGACAGGGUGCCUCCCAGACCCCACAGUCCCUUGAAAACCUUUAUUGAAGGCCUUUGUUCUACAGCAUCAUCCCUACCUUUGAGUAGCAUAAGUCUUAACAAGAAAUAUGAAAACUUGAGUUAUGAAAGACUCAUAUUUCAGGAGAUAAAAAUGUACAUAUGAAUGGGCCCACUGUAGCACAUUCUUAAGACUUUGAUUUUUUAAAAAGCAAAAAAAUUUUUUCAGGUGUACUUAACCAUCCGUUUAUACGUGCUCUUGAUCUACUUGUCUAUUGUUUUUUUGUAUUUUGCUGUACGACGAGGAUGGCAGUGUAGCUGCGUUACCUUCUCAGAUGAAUCCUCUGAUUGUGGUUCCUGAGCUUCUCCAAUCCUAUUUAGAGAGGCUUCUCCCAAGUCCACCUCACUUGUUUUCUAUGGGUCGAAUUAGAGCCAAAACAAAAGAAAACACAUAGCUAAAUUAAGCAAAAAAAAUAGAAACUCCAAAAAGCAGAGAGAAAGAAUCCCAUUUUUAAUCCUACGAAAGGUGGUGUGAGGAUUCACUGUUGAGGAAAUUGACUAGAAUAUUAACAGAUGAAAUGGGCAUGUGCACAUGCAGGGGUGUGUGAGUUUCACUGUUGUUUCCAUGGCCUUGGUUUCCAGUGUAGUAAGUAACAGUACCUUUAUCAGCGUCUUUUGGAAUUCCUUCUUUGUUUUUUUGUGGGGUUUUUUUUGUUUUGUUUUGCUUUGCUUUGCUUUGCCCUACCUGUGAUAGUAUUACCUCACAUUAAGAAAUAUGCUGUACAGAAAGAUGUAAAAAUAAUCACGCAUUCACUUUGAACCCUCCUCAGGGCCUCCUAAAUCACCGCAGGUGUACUUUUGUAUUGCCAUCAUAGACCAAGCCAUUUUUGUUACAUUGAUUCAUGGCAUUAUUGUGAAGGCACCUCUUAAUCCUUUUCGGUUCAUGUCUAAGAAGUCUUAAGGAAGCUCUAUGUCCUGAAUACUUUCUCCUGUGUUUUCUCCUAAAAGUGUUAUCGUUUUUGCAUAUAAAUCUCUAAUCCAUGUCAAGUUAAUUUUUGUAUUACCAUGUGAGGUUUAGGUUGAGUUUCUUUCUUGUAUUUUUGCUUAAGGAUGUUCAGUUGACUGGCACCAUUGGUUGAAAACUAGACUACAGUACUAUGUCUCCACUGAAUUAUGUUUAUUCCUUAAUCAAAAACCUGUUGGGCAUAUUUAUGUUGGUCUAUUUCUGAGUCUCUGUGUUAUCCCACUGAUUUGUACAUCUAAACUUCUGCCAGUACCAAACUAUCUUGAUUACUGCAGCUUUUAGUAAAUCUUAAAAUUGGGUGAAGUGAUUUCUCCUUUAUUCUUUUUUAAAAUUGAUUUAGCUUUCCAUAUCAAAUUUUUUCCCUUGGCUUUCUGUAAACACUUUAUCAUGUGCUUGUCUGUAUGUAGGAAACAUCUCGCUGGGAAUUUGAUAGACACUACAUUAGUCUAUGGAUCAUUUCUGUGAGAUUUGGCAUCUUUAUUAUUUUGACUCUCACACCACGAACAUGGUAUGUCUCUUCAUUUAUUUAGAUCUUUUUUGGUUUAUUUCACUAGCGUUUUGUAAUUUUCCACUUGUAAAUCCUGAACAUAUUUUGUUAGAUUUUUACUUUGGCACUUUUUUUGGAAUCACUGUAUGUUAUAUGGAGGUUUUAAUUCCAGUUUGUACAUGAUUAUUACUGUUACAGAGAAAUAUGAUUAAUUUUGAUAUGUUGACCUUGCCUCCUGCAACCUUGCUGAAUACUUAUUCUAGCAGAAUUUUGUGUAGAUUCCUCAGGAUUUUCUUCAUAAACAAUAAUGUUAUCAGCAAAUUGCAAAUAUCUUUUUGUCUUCUUCCCAAUCUGUAUCCCUUUCAUUUCCUUUUCUGUCUUUAUUGUACUAGCUAGAACUUGCAGUACAAUGUCAAAUAAAAGGGUGAAAGAGGACAUACUUGCCUAGUUUGUAAUGUUAAGAAGAAAACAUUCAGUGUUGAUUAUUAAAUAUGAUGGCUGUG